GCGUACGAGAUUGAAAUGUCUUAUUAUUUGAGCAUGAAUUGUCGCGCAACUAUUCACAAUUACAUUUGAGCAAUUAAUAAGUUGCAACCUGAAAUCCUGACUUUUCCUAAUCACACUAAGUUCUCCUGACCUUUCUAGAAGUUAUAAUGUGACAAAGUCAUUAUAUUUUCAGUUUAAACUCAUAACUAUCAAUGAUUUACCUCGACGCUCGACGUCGCAUUGACAGUUUUACAAUUUACAUUCUGGAAUCUUUGAACAUUUUUGAGCUUUUGUGAUUCUUCGAAAUUAAAGCGUAAAAUCCUUGACAUUUGCUGAGGUUUCCCAGAUGGGACUAACCGCAAUCUAAUCGUAUGCUCCCGAUUUUUUCUAUUUGCACCUGGAAUCCUUAAUAAUCCCUGACCAUUCUAAGGCUUCCCGUAUCUUCCUAUUCACACUUUGGAUGCGUGCUUCAACUUUCAGUUUAGAGCUUCGUUAUUUUUGUUCUGAUAAGCAUCCCUGCCUUUUCCAUAUUAUAGUAAUGGACCUUCCAAGGAAUAUGAGCUUUGAGAUUUUUCUUACUUUUCCGAAAAAAUGAUCCCUGACAUUUUCUAAUCACACUGAUCACUUCCGAUCUUUCUAAUAAUUUUAAGCCAUCAUUGGCAAUGUUGAGGACUUAAGGCCUUGACAUUUCCAGUUUAAGCCCAACUAUCUCUGAUUUGGCCUGAGUGUUCUGAUUGUUCCAAACAAAGCGGAAAAUACUUGACAUUUGCUGAGGUUCCCCAAUCUAACGCAGUCUAAUCGUAUGUUUCUGAUUUUUCCAUUUACACCUUCAUAUUCACACUUUGGAUCCCUGCUUCAACUUGACAGUUAAGAGCUUUCAUAUUUCUAUUCUGAUUAGUUUCCCAGUCUUUUCCAAUUCACAGUUAAUAAACCUUCCUAGGAAUAUCCUUCACUUUCUCUGAUUUCUUUGAGCUUUUCCUACAUUUCUGAAAAAAUGAUCCCUGACUUUUCCUAAUCACACUGAGCUCAUCCAACCCUCCAAGUUAUAUUCUGUCAUCUCUGACAAACUUUAAGGCAUGAGGUUCUGGCAUUUACAGUUUAAACCCACAAAACUAUCAAUGAUUUACCUCGACGCCGCAUUGACUGUUUUACAAUUUACAUUCUCGAAUCCUUGAACAUUUUUGAGCUUUUCUGGUUCCUGUAAAUCCUUGCCGUUUGCUGAGGUUUUCUGAAAAGCCGCAGUCUAAUCGUAAGUUCCUGAUUUUUCCAUUCACACCUGGAAUCCUCGAAAAUUUCUGACCAUUCUAAGGCGUCCCAUCCAUUCCCAUUCACACUUUGGAUUGCUGUUCAAUUUGACAUUUUAAAGCUUUGCUAUUUUUGCUCUGAUUAGAUAAUUUCUCUGCUUUCUCCAUUUUAUGUUAAGUUAUAUAACCACCCCAGGAUUUCCUUCACUUCUACUAAUUCUAUUUGAGCUUUCUUUACUUUUUAGAAAAGUUGACAUCUUAUUAACGUUAUCUAAUACUUCUUUAAUUUAGUAUUUUACAAUUUGUCCUGGUUUGGGAUAUGUAAAUUUUGGCUUCUUUGAAAUCGACAAAUUUUCGACAGUAUUGUCAAUCUUUUUAGUAUUAGGUGUAUUCUGUUCCUAAAUACGUUUGACUGGAAGAACCCAUUAUCACUUAAUAAAUUAUCUAUCGGCGAUCCGAAAAGGUCAUCGGUAAUCUCUAAAAGUUUUCGGACGUAUAAGAAUUGGUCAAAAGGAUAUUGGCCGAACACACACAGUAUUUGUGAACAUAUACAGAUAUAGAUAAUAUACUUAAGCAAGUUAUUGUUGUGUAUUAUUGUUCCUCGACUAUUUACAUAUUAUUGUUGCUUUUCGCAAACAUCGCAACCGUAGGCUCGCACAUGCGAACGCUUUUAUGUACACGGAUAGGUGUAUAUGUAUAGGUACAUACAGCACUUCUCUAUGUACAAAACAAUAAUGUUCCAUAGUUGAACAACGUUUGAUGGUGUGUGGCAGAGAUAAUAGGAGUGGUGACGUUGCGUUGGCAUAUGUUGUGCGCGGUGUUUGCGACUGUACCGCGAUUGUGCAACGCGAUCGCGAGAUCGCGUAAAUGUGCCGCACCAUAGUGACAACGACCGGCAUUAGACGACGCGCAAAUGCAGUUAUUACUGACCUACCCUACUGUUUGUAGUCGUUGGCAUAUAGUCGCGUUAGCCGGCCCUUCGUCCUGACAAAACCGUGCCAAAAGGGCACACACACACACGACACUCGAAUAUAGGUUUACGUGCCUUACACAUUACAGAUUUACUCUUGGUACCAAGUCACUUGCCAAUUUAUUUAUCGAAAGUGAAAAAAAAAUAAAAAAUAAAAAGUCACUGUCUGUCAUCAGUCGCCGCGUUUUAUGCAGUGUUCGUUAGUUCCACACGUGUAUUGUUGACAUUGUUGUUUGUUUUAAUGAAAAGCCGACGCUAGACCACUCAACUCGUUCGACGCCUCUCGACGACGACGACGACGACGAUCGCCGCGACGCAGCUGUGAUGAAAUAUGUGCACGAGGAUUUUGUUACCAUUCACUCUGGAUUGGAAAGAAUCGCUGAAGAAUUGAUGGGUCGAAGGAAAUGGAAGGUAUAUCAAGAGUCGAUGUACAGGAAUUAUUUGCAGCCGAUAAACAACAACGUCGAGAAGUCAAAAGCCGUUGUCCAGCAGGAGUACCGAAAGGAUUUAGGGGAGGUGCCUUUUACCAAGUUAUACAAGGCCGAAAAAUUAGAACAGGUAAACGAUUACGCGCCAUCGUUGGACGAAAAACUACGAAAAGACGAAGAAGUCGUUGCAAGUGCGAAAUACAAAGUCGACGAAGACAUCAACAACAAAAAGGUGGAGGAACGGUUAAAAGACUGGAUACCAGAAAGCAAGUGCUACUUCUGUGUAGACGGCAAACUGGAUAGUGAAAAUACGAUAACGCACGGGACUCCAAGUCCCCGGCAGUCGGACUCAGAUUCUAGUUAUAGUCAGAGCGAUACGGAAGCACCUCCAACCCUUACUCCAGCCACGACCCCUGGCGUAGGGCCAAACAGCCACCAGGGCAACAUGGCGACGAUAGAGAGCGUAACCUCCAUGGCAGCUUUAGCUUCGGCAGUGGCGGCACUGUCGGGUAACAAUCCCGUCGCGCCCAGUCCACAUCUCCCCUUUUACCCGCCGAUGCCCCGUAACUGGUACCUGGCCUCGAUGGCCAGGAGCUUUCAAACGGAGCGCAACAUCGAGGCCGAGAAAACGGCCGGCGAACAACCACUAGAUCUCAGUUCGAAGGGGGCGAACACCACAACUAGCAGCCCUGUAAAUAAUAACGUAACCCCCAAUAUAAGGCUACCGACACUCGAUACCAAACAGAUAUUCAAUUCUGAUUUUAGAGCGAAGCCUCGAAUGUCAAUAGCAGGGAGAAGAACGUACACCGAAGACGAGCUCCAAGCUGCGCUAAGGGACAUCCAGUCGGGCAAGUUGGGAACCCGACGAGCCGCCGUCAUAUACGGCAUUCCCCGUUCGACACUCCGGAACAAAGUCUACAAAUUGGCAAUGGAACGAGAACGGGAGUCCCAUUUGAACACGUCGACGCCACUGAAAAUUGACGAAGAAGAAAACAUAGACGACGAAAAAGAAUUAUCCGGGGCCGAAGAAGAGAAAGAGGUCGAGAAAGCCCUCCAAGCUCCGCUCCUUUCGAUGGCCGACAUCCUACGAUUUUCCACCCUCGAUAACCAAGAAGCUCUCAAACACUUGUUGCAAAGAAGCAAAGAAGGUCAUGACGUUCUGACCGGUCUGGAGCACAGUGCGAUGGGACCGUACAUUCAAAAUCUGAUUCUGGCCAGCGGGAAUCUAUUUCCCGGUCAAAAAAUCGUCCCCGAAAGCGAAACGACAAACCCAUUACUACCGGAAUUUCUCAAGAGGAUGAUGGUAGAAGACCAUUUCAAAGAGCAAUUGAUACGGAGCCAAACGAACAACGGAGAAAACGACAAAAUAAGCAGGCCGAGUCCCUCGAACUCGGUCCUGGCGCGCUCCGAAAAGUCCAGGUCAGAAUCGGACAUGGAAACCGACGAGUCACCUUCUAAUGUGAUACUUAAAAUUCCGUCCUUCAAGCCAACCACGAGUAAAAAUGGAACGGAGGUGUUAAAAACAGCAACAACAAACUUAGCAGCAGCAGCAGUAGCAACAGAACCGAGUGUAAUUGUUUCGCCGCCGAUCGCGAAAGAAUCCGCCUCGCCGCCAAUUCUGCCGGGACGUGAAAUGACGCUGAAAGACGUCAAGGACGUCGUAGCAAGGACUAUAUGCCAAAAGUUUCAGCAAACGCCCGAACCGAUGCGCAUCCCUCACAUGAUGGACAUCGACUAUAAACGGGGCGGAUUCACUCCUCCGAUGUCUAACAUUCAAGGCAUGAAAACGCAGCAGGACAUUGCCCGACCCUAUCAACCACCGCCGCCUCCGCCGAAACCAACUCAAUCCACAACCUGUACGACCACGACAACUACGGGGGGGAAAGGAACGAGGCCGAAACGCGGUAAAUACAGGAACUAUGACAGAGACAGCCUGGUAGAAGCAGUCAGAGCGGUGCAAAGAGGGGAAAUGUCCGUGCACCGGGCUGGCAGCUACUACGGCGUGCCACAUUCCACAUUAGAAUAUAAAGUCAAAGAAAGGCAUCUGAUGAGGCCGAGAAAAAGGGACCCGAAACCGAAUCCAGUAGACGAGAAGAUCGCUUCUUUGAAACAGAACGAUUUACGAAAUGCAGCCGAAAAAAUGAAAACAACUGUGAUGAAACCGCCGCAAACGAAAUUUCCCACUUCACCAAACGGUAUGAAACUGCCAAUUUUCGAUCCCACCAUGACUCCUCUAGGGUACACUCCGCCACCUUUCCCUUUCUGGCCGCAUCCCAGUUUUCCACACAUUCCCAUGGAUUACGGUCGUAGUCCUUCAGCUACUUCGUUUCCACCGAACCCUGAACAAUAUUUUGCAACUCAAAUGAUGCAAAAAUUACAAGAAGACUCGAACAAGACUCAAAACUGUAACGUUCCGGCGUCGGCCAUCAAUUCGAUUCCCAAUUUGCCUAAAAGUGCCAGGCAAAUGGCGGAAUCGUUACUCGAUAGCUCGGGAACGAACGGAUCAUUCCUGGACGGCAUCAUAAGAUCCAGUUUGGAAUCAGGUGUGCCGUCGUCAAACGACGAAACGUCACCGAAAGACGAGAAAAACUUAGCACCGGAAAACAUGUCGAACAAAGCGUUGCUCGAACAGUUAUGCCGUAACAGUAGAUUAACGCCAUUAACAAAACCGAAUCUGACGGAAUCAAACAGCUCAACGGAAGAGAACUUUCGUAAGAACGCGAGUCCGCUUAAUUUUAGCAGUACAAUGAGCGACGAACAUUCGUCUGGUAGUGGUUUACACUCGAACCAAGGUGGUCGCACCGAUCGCGAAUGUUCUCCGCGGGGAGACCAUUCCGACGUGCCGACGAUAGAGCUCUCGAACGAUUCAAACGAAUCCACGACGACGGAUCAACCGCGCAACAACGGGCAAACUCAGGAAGAACGGAAAACGAUCCCAACAGCGAGAAUUUUUCUGAAACAAGAACUGACAAAAGUGGAGAACCUCAAGCCCGAGAUGCUGGUCCGUUUUCGUGACGCAUUGCACGACGUCGACCGGAACGGUACCGGAGAAUCUGCAACAGGAAGUGCCUCAGAAUCGGAUGCGGCUCAAGACUGACAUCAGGUUAACGUUUGCGCAAGGUUUUUAUACUGAGGAAUCAACAUUCCUCGCGGUUAUAUUGUUGAAACGUUUCCAGUUCGGAAACUUAUGGUUGUUGUCACAAGAGGUCGAUGACGGUGUUUGUUGAUUAUUAUUAUGAUUAUUAUUAUUAUUAUUAUUAUUUGUAUUGUUUCUGUUGCAGUUAGAAUAGUGAAUUUUAAAAGAGCGUUCUGUUUGCGGAACUUUCCACACCGAAUCGACUCGACUUGACUGUUGAUCGAACUUCUCUCCUUGCUUUCAUCGGUAAGUUUUUCAAAACAUAAAGUAUUUAGAUGCCCGUCCCUCUACAGAAAACAAUACGUAUUUUUUCCAUUGAAAUACAAAUACUAGGGACAAUCUUUAAAGAAUUCUACGAAAAAUUAAAAAUAAAUUAGUUUUGGUAUUAGACCGUUAACAUUCGUUAAAAAUUAAUUUUUCGAUUCUCUAUUACAAAAAGAACAGCACCGAUUGCUAUCCAGAAAGUUACUGAAAUACCACCGAAAGAGCGACGCAUUUAUACUAAAAAAGCGCC